UGCGCAGUAGGCGCGCCCCCCUCAGCGGUGCGUUCUGGGAGCGUCUCGCCCGCCGCCACACCGUCGGCGGGACGGCGGGGAGAGAUGACGUCACAGCGGCGGGACGCACGGCGGCGCCACAGCGCGGGGAGAAGGCGAGGUGGCUGCACAGUUUAUCAGGACUAAACGUCCACUAACGGACAUAACUUUUGCCUUUCAUGCUAUGAUGACUUCAUGGGGUCAGCCAAAAACCUGAUUAGCGAAUCUGUUGAUGUAGAGGAUGGUUACGGCAUGAUGGCUUCUUUCCAGCGCUCUAACAGUCAUGACAAGGUCAGAAGAAUUGUGGCCGAGGAGGGUCGCACAGCAAGGAAUUUGAUUGCAUGGAGUGUGCCGCUGGAAAACAAAGAAGAUGAAGGAAAACCAAAAUGGCAGAUAGGAGGAAAAUCUAAGAAAGCAACUCAGGGAACCCACAAAACGACUAAACAGAGCACUACACCAGAUUGCAAAAUAGCAACGGCUGGGGAGAAGAACUUCGACAAAAGCCCCACGAAAACAAGGCAGCCACGGAAAGUGGAUCUCCGAGCGCGAUACUGGGCCUUCCUUUUUGACAACCUGAGGCGUGCGGUGGAUGAGAUCUACGUCACUUGCGAAUCGGACCAGAGCGUAGUCGAAUGCAAGGAGGUGCUAAUGAUGCUGGACAACUACGUGCGAGAUUUCAAGGCUUUGAUUGACUGGAUACAGCUACAAGAGAAGCUAGAGAAAGCAGAUGCACAAAGCAGACCUACUUCGCUUGCAUGGGAAGUUAAGAAGAUGUCCCCAGGACGCCACGUCAUUCCAAGCCCUUCGACUGAUAGAAUCAGUGUCACGUCAAAUGCACGGAGAAGUUUAAAUUUUGGGGCCCCACCUGCAGCAGUGGCCUCUAACCGCCUGGCUCCGUCGGGAGUGAGUUGGGCCGACAAAGUGAAAGCCAACCACACGGCAACGGCUCCCAUUUCGGAGACGCAAGCGCGCAUGCCAACGCCGGUCCAGAAGUCCUCACGGAGAAAUGAGCGAAGAGAUGCCGAAGGGUGGGAGACAGUUCAGCGUGGGAGGCCUGUGAGGUCCAAAUCGUUUCCUUUGGCCACAAAGACGGCUUCCUCCGCGGAAUUAUCGCGGUUCAAGGAUGACAGCGACAAGGAAAAUGCCGUCCUUCGUCCCUCGGAGAAUAAGCAGAAAGGCUUGUUGACAGAAGACGGUAUGUCGAAAACUACAGAGCCUGUCUGGAAAGAUCCUUCUCAUCAUCAGUGUGAGCACCCCCUUGCUGAAAGAACACAGUUCAUGGCCCGUGUCCUGGAGGACGUCAAGAUCUCUGAAAAGAACGGCUUGGGAGAUGGCUCUCUUCAGGCCCCUUCCGAAGUUCCUGUUGUCCUCAUAGAUGCUGAGCAUCCUCCAAAAGAUCCGCAGGUGGAAGAAACGGUCUGCGUCACUUCCAAGAAUGAUAAUGGGAGCCAAGGAGAAAAAAAGAAGAUUGAAAGCGAAAUGGACCCAGCAGAUAUUUCGAACUCCAUGGCAGAAGUCUUGGCUAAAAAGGAGGAGCUGGCCGACCGCCUGGAAAAGGCCAACGAAGAGGCCAUCGCUAGCGCUAUUGCUGAAGAGGAACAGCUGACCAGAGAGAUCGAAGCUGAGGAGAACAAUGACAUCAACAUCGAAACCGACAACGACAGUGACUUCUCUGCCAGCAUGGGAAGUGGGAGUUUUUCCUUCUGCGGCAUUUCCAUGGACUGGAAUGAUGUCCUAGCUGAUUAUGAAGCUCGUGAAUCGUGGCGUCAGAAUAACUCUUGGGGUGACAUCGUGGAAGAAGAACCUUCCCGACCGCCAGGCCAUGGGAUACACAUGCAUGAGAAGCUCUCCUCGCCCUCUCGCAAAAGGACCAUUGCAGAAUCUAAAAAGAAACACGAAGAAAAACAGAUGAAAGCUCAGCAGUUGAGAGAGAAAUUACGCGAGGAGAAAACUCUGAAGCUUCAGAAGUUAAUGGAACGGGAAAAAGAUGUACGGAAAUGGAAGGAAGAACUGUUGGAUCAGAGGCGGAAAAUGAUGGAGGAAAAGCUGCUCCAUGCUGAAUUCAAGCGGGAAGUGCAGUUGCAAGCCAUUGUGAAGAAAGCACAAGAGGAAGAAGCUAAGGUAAACGAAAUCGCCUUUAUCAAUACUUUGGAAGCCCAGAACAAGCGCCACGACGUUUUGUCCAAACUGAAAGAAUAUGAACAAAGGCUGAACGAAUUGCAGGAGGAGCGCCAACGGAGGCAGGAGGAGAAGCAAGCUCGCGACGAAGCCGUCCAGGAACGUAAAAGAGUUCUGGAAGCCGAACGCCAGGCCCGGGUCGAAGAGUUGCUGAUGAAGAGGAAAGAGCAAGAGGCUCGGAUUGAACAGCAGCGGCAGGAGAAGGAAAGAGCGAGGGAAGACGCCGCUCGGGAAAGAGCCAGAGACCGAGAAGAGAGGCUGGCAGCUUUGACGGCAGCUCAACAGGAGGCUAUGGAAGAACUGCAGAAGAAGAUCCAGUUGAAGCAUGACGAGAGCAUUCGGAGGCAUAUGGAGCAGAUAGAGCAGAGGAAAGAGAAAGCGGCGGAAUUAAGCAGCGGAAGGCACGCCAAUACUGACUAUGCCCCCAAACUCACACCCUACGAGCGGAAAAAGCAGUGUUCGUUGUGCAAUGUCGUGAUUUCCUCGGAAGUCUAUCUCUUUAGCCACAUUAAAGGGAAAAAGCACCAACAAGCCGUGAGAGAAAACAGCAGCAUCCAAGGACGGGAACUUUCUGACGAAGAAGUGGAACACUUGUCAUUAAAGAAGUACAUUGUGGAUAUUUUAGUAGAAAGUUUGGUACCAACAGAGCCUUUAAAAGAUAGCGAGGAGAGACAGAAAACAAAAAAGAAAGCCAAGAAACUAAAAGCACGGAUGAACUCGAGGGCAAAGGAGUACGAAAGUCUGAUGGAAGCGAAAAAUCUUUCCUGCGAUUCUCCAUACAAAGCAAAGCUUCAGCGAUUGGUGAAAGACCUGCUGAAACAGCUUCAGGGUCAAGACGGUAACAAAGCUUCAGCCCUGGAUAGGAUUUUGGGAGAGAUCUCACGCAUCUUGGAAAAAGAGAACACAGCCGACCAAAUUGCGUUUCACAUUGCGGGGGGAUUUACGGCCCUGGAACAAAUCCUCCAGGUUGCGAUGGCUUCCCCCAACCUGAACACGGUUUCUCGGAUCCCUCUGAAGUCGCUCUGCAGCACAAUACAUGCUUACCACUUGGCUUGCAGUCACUGCGUGGAGAAUUGCACCUAUGUUUUGUUCAGCAACAAGAUCACUUUUUUGACGGACUUGUUGAUGCACCAGUUAACGGUUUAUGUUCCAGACGACCACAAUGCUACUUUAGGAAGAACUGCAAAUAAGCAAGUGUUCGAAGGCCUCGUGACGGGAGUCCUAAGGAUCGUGUCCACGGUGUUUGGGUGCCUGAUCUCCAGCAUGCCGUACGGAAACAACCAGACCAAUGUGUCAAAAUUGAUCCAAGAAACAAAAAACAAGGCCUCACAAGCAGAGGUUUUUAACAGUAGGAUACAGGACCUCAUCUGCUACAUGGUAAAUGUAGGCUUGAUUGAAAAGCUGUGUUGCUGCUUCCUCUCCGUCCAAGGCCCAGUUGAUGAAAACCCCAAAGUGGCCGCUUUCUUACAAAACGCCACAACGGCAUUGCACGGGAUGUGCGAGCUGUGUUUUGCUGUUAAUGGCAGAUCUUGGAACAUAUUUGAUGAAUCCCGACAGGAUCCGACAGGGCUGACGGCCGCUCUGGAGGCCACGGACCUGGUGGGCGUCUUGCACAUGCUGUACUGCAUUCUCUUCCACGGCACGAUCACGGACCUCAGCACCGCCAGCCCCAAAGAGAGCUACGUGGAGAACACGGUCCUGGUUGCCCUCCAGAGCUUGCGCUUCUUCAACAGUUUUGCAGCCCUCAACCUGCAGGCUUUCCAGUCUGUCGUCGGUGCGGAAGGAUUGUCCCUCGCGUUCCGGCACAUUACAAGCUCUUUAUUGUGGCACUGCUCCCAGCAUACCUGUGAAGCCCUGCUACAUGAAGUCAUUGUGUGCGUUGGCUAUUUCACAGUGAACCACCUGGAUAAUCAGGUGAUCGUUCAGUCCGGCCGCCAUCCGACGGUGCUGCAGAAGCUCUGCCAACUGCCCUUCCAGUAUUUCAGCGACCCUCGCCUCAUCAAAGUCCUCUUCCCGACACUCAUCGCCGCUUGUUACAACAACCCCCAGAACAAGAUCAUUCUGGAGCAGGAGAUGAGCUGCGUCUUGCUUGCCACCUUCAUUCAGGAUUUCACGCAGAGCCAGACUGACAAUCAGCCUUGCCAACCAAAUGAAAAGAUCUUCAGUCCCCAUUAUUACCUGGAGCUCAGCAACAGGUUUCCCCGCCAGACUUGGGAAGAGGCCCGGCAGUUCUUCUUGAAGAAAGAUCAAAAAUAAGGUUUACCUUCCUUUCCUCCCCGUUUAGGUUUUGAACGGUUGACUGGUUCCUGACAUUACUGAGAUUUUUUUUUUUUGGUAUUCAAGAUGCACAUAUUUGUAGAUAAAUAUUUAUAUACAUAAUUAAAAAAUAUGCAAUUUGCACUAUUUCGGUCGGAAGGAUUGUACAGACUUUAAAAUGCUCUUUUCUUGUUUGCAAAUAAGUUUGUUUGUUUUGCCACGUGUCCCAGUGGUCUCUGGGUCAGGAGGCUACAACUCCCAUCAUCCCCAGUGACACAGAAGGAUUGGCAUUGGAUGAUGGAUUGCCCAAAUACUUUGGAGCAUCUUAGGGGAUGAUAGGACACCCAAGGAUGCUCCCUUCGGAUGCUGGUUAGUAACAAAACACUACAUUGCUUUCUCCCUCUCGUUGAUGCACUUGGACUAGUUAUGUAAUUGGAAGAAAUUGUCCUCUUCUGUACAAGUUGUAAUAAGGUAAUUUAUUUUGUUCUGUUGUCUGUUUUGUAUAACAUUUUUAUACCUAAUAUAUAUAUAUGAAUAUGAAUACCUAUAUAUAUAUAGGAAUGCUCCGAAUUUAAUUCUGUUAUUUAAAAAAGCACAAAAUCCCAAAAUGUAGAUAAGCUAAGGAAAUGCAACGCCUCUUUGGGCUUCGUUUCUGAUUUACUUUGGUUUUGCGGGACGGGUUGCAUCCUAUGUAUGUUCUUUCAAAAGGCUGUAAGUGGGAGAGAGUUUUCACAAAAUUUAUUAAAAGCAAUGUUCCAGCCGG